GCUCCAAAUAUCAUUUCCGGGUCAGGAGCUACAGGUUGCUACGAAGUUGGUGCAGAUGACACGUCAGCUGACUGGGAACAACACAAACUACAACACCUGCUCGAAUAAGAUAAUGUCACAAACCUCCGAGCUGCAUGUAAACGCGCACUGACUGACGACUGUCGGUGCAUUACAGAGUCGCGCGCCACUGCUGUAGCAUCAAGCACGCGGAGAUCGAGAGAGAGUUCAGCAUCAUUCAGUCCAGACUCCAGACCCGCGGAAGAUGAUCAGCCCAGCGGUGCGGCGUUACCGUGGGUGAGAAAGAGCUUACCGGGCUGGUGCUUUCUUCUUCCGUUUCCCGAGCAUGUCGUCCCCGUCGCCGGUGCAGAUAAGAGAGGCGAACGCGCACCUGGCGGCGCUGUACAGACGCGUCACGGACCUGGAGCAGAGGCUCGAGGACGCGGAGAAAACCGUGCGCGAGCAGGCGGAGAGCCUCAUCCGCAAAGACGAGCAACUGCGAGCAACCACGCAAGAAAUCACGGAGGCCAAGGACAAAGAGAUUUUCUUCCUCCAUGAGAAGCUCUGUCAAUCGGAGGAAUCCAUCCAUAAACUCAACCAAACGAUUAAGGAAAAAGAUUCUUUAAUCGGACAGUUACAACACCGAUGUCAGCUGUUGGACAACAUUUGCAAAAGCCGUCCAUUUUUGGACAGCAUGCUGGCCCAGAUGGCCGAGGCCGAGAGGAUGGGGCCUGUCAGUGACUUGGGGAAGCCCACGACCAACAGCUCUCUCAAGGACGGAGAGUCCACCUGCAGCCCCAGCGGCCUCUCCAACCACAAAGACUUCUCCCUCAGCGAGGACGACUCUGACGAUCAGGAAUUAGAUGGGGUUGUGUUUGGGACCACAGUAUGAGCCUCAGUUCAACUGCUCCUCAUCUCAGGUUUAGCAGCCUGUGUGUUUUACGGUUACAACUGAUUCAGUGUCUGUCAGAACAUCUGUCGUAUCAUAAAACAGGUUACUGGAGUGUGAAUGGGAGGCUAGUGUAAAGAGUGAAAGCCUGGUGAAGUCUGGCUAAUUCUGUUCGCAAAUUGGUGCAAGCAUGCCACAUAUCUUUUAGAUUUGUCCCUCAGAUUACUGAAUUUUAGGUUCAGUUUAAAAUAACUAGUUAAUUUAUCUUUAUUCUUCCCUUUUUAACUUUUAAAUUUGCAUAUGCUUUAUCUCUCUGUUUAUACCUUAUGGAUUUAUUGCGUCACAUGAAUGUUUGAGAAGAACAUCUUUAAAAUUUGCGUUGAAAUGAACUGUUACAUGCAGUUAAAUUUGUUACCAUGAUUUUUAAAAGAUGUUUUAGAGAUGUAAUAUACUGUGACAUUGCAUGCUUAGCUUACCGUUUUGUCGGAGCCACUCAGUGAGCAAUUUGAUGCAAAACAAUUUUUUUUUUUUUUUUACAAUUAUGAUGUUUAUAAAUAUUAUGUUAAUUGAUACAAUUUGUAUACAACAGAAAGUUCCUGAAAAACAGUUUUUCCUCCCCUGUUGUUUAAAAAUUUGUGCUGGAAACUCACAAGUAUCAAAAGUCAAUAAAGGGAGUAAUAUACAAAAGGAGUGCGAGGCUGCUGUAGAAAACAUACGCUGUAACUUAAGAUGCAUGUAUAUAUUUGUGAUCUAUGCAGUGAAGUUGUUCUCUGAGAGCCUCCCUUAAUGAAACCGUUCUUAAAAAAAGAGCUUCUCCAGAUAAACCGAGCAAAUCCAAGUGAGCUAAAUGCAUUUACAGGCUCAUGGUUAAGAAAUCAUAAAGAGUGUAAAAACACUUGUUUGUGUUGAAUAUCUCCUAGAGCUGUUACCUGCGUUGAAUGAAUCAUGUUACAUUUUACAUGUUAACAUAAAACGGCUGACCUAUUCGCUGUUAUUUCGGUUCUAAUGUGAUGCCAAUGCAUAUAGAUAUGGCGUAGGCCUUUCUCCAAAUUCAUUUUAUCGUUCAUUUCAUUCGGCCAAGCAAAAUCAAGUCUAUGCAAGCCUGUCAUGUUUUGCCAGAUGGAGCCAUAAUGUUGUGCAUGAGUGCACUGAUGAUGGGGCAUUAUUCAUGUACAGCGUGUCAUGUGUCCUGUUUAGAUGUGAUGGUUACACAAUAUUUUCAUGUUCGUUUUAAGAGUUACAUGUGGUUUUGAACUGCAGCAUGUUACAUAUUGGGGCAUGCCAUAUUAAUCUUGCUAGUGCCCUGUACAGAAGUGAAUAUUUUCCCCUACAGAUGAAGCAGUGCCUCCAAGACUGAUGGUUACUUGUUCAAUGGAUUUAUUUAUUCUGAAAAAAAAAAAAGUCAAAUAAACUAUUUUGUUAUUCUUCA